CACCACCGACCGCUCCAGUCGGUCAGCUCCCUCUCCAGCUCUAAACACUGCUGGCCUGGAAUCCCUGCCUGCCUGCCUGCCCACUGCCUGUUCCUCGGAGAGAAGGGAGGGACCGCCGCUCUAUCUCUCCCCCCCUCCCAUCCCAUCCGAUCUAUCCUAUCCCAUCCCAUCCUAUCCCAUCCCAUUCCAUCCUAUUCUUCAAACCCCCCUCCCACAGAUGAGAACUUCUAGCAAUUAUGGCCGAUAUUCAACAGCCCUUGGGGGCUCCUGACUCGGACCCCCCUCAGCUGGAUUCCCAGCACCAGCAACCGCGCGUGCGGAAGCGACGCCGUCGCACCAUGGCCUGUAUGCAGUGUCGCAGCCGGAAGCUGCGCUGCGAUCGCGAGUAUCCCAUCUGCAGCCGCUGCCAGAAGAGCAAAACCCCGUCGCGAUGCACCUACGAGGAUGGAUUCCUGUGGCAGCAACCCAACACAGUGGCCUCGCCCGUCUUUUCCGACCGCGGUCCCACAACCACGGUGCAGAUGCCCCCAGCUGAUCGGGCGACUGCCCACCCUACCCCGGACUCGGGGAUAAGUAGUGUUCCGUCUCGGUGUCAACCCUCAGCGCCCGGCGCUCGCCCCGUCGAGGAGAAACGCGACAAAUUCCUCGAAACCGUUCUCGGCGCUCCGAAGGCUGCCGUCAAUCAGGAGCCGUAUGUGACCGCCGAGAUCUUGCGCCAUGCCCCCGAUCCUCAUCAUCAUCAUCAUCAUCAUCUUCUUCUUCACCAUUCCAGCACCCACCACUCCUCCUAUCCGGCUGAGGACGAUGACAUCCCGGCCUCGCCCACACAGCAACUCGACGUCGCCCCUCGGAUCAUGAUGCGAGGCAAAGAAACCAAAACCCGCUUCAAUGGGUCGGGCAUUUUUGCCAAUCUCAUCGCCCAGUUCCCUGACCUCCGCGCCUUCGCGGAGGAAAUUCGCCAGGCCAGCCCGCAUCUCUCGGCCUUGAGGCCCGACCUCAUCAGGGUGAGAAAGGGCGUCUGGAAGAAGAAACCCCUGAACAUGCCCUUCCCCGUCCCCACCACCGCCUCCUUGAUCACCAUGCUCCCCUCGCGGUCAGCAGUCGACGAGCUGGUCAUUUUAUACUGCACGUACAUCGAGUCCACGCAUCGCAUUUUGCACGUUCCUUCGUUCCUGCGGGAGCUGGAGGAGUUCUGGGCGCAGCGCGAGUCGCCGGAUAUGAUCUCACCCGUCUUCGUCGUGCAGCUGCUCCUGGUGCUGGCCUGUGCGUGGAACCUGGCCGAUUUUCACACCUUGCAGAUGAAGAAUGACGGGAACCUGCAAUGCUACACGGCGGUUGAGUGGGUCCUGCAUGCAGAGAAGUGGAUGCAGAAUCACCACAUCAAGCGCCCCGAGCUGACCAGUCUCCGUCUCGACACGCUGCUGAUCAUUGCGUUCAACAUUCAUGGCAUGAAACGCAGCCAGGCGUGGCUGGCCACGGGAACCCUGGUUAAGCAGGCCAUGAUGGCGGGCUUCCACCGCGACCCCACCCGGUACACCCGGAUCUCCGUGUUCAACAUGGAGAUGCGCCGACGGAUAUGGACGACCAUCUUGGAGCUGGACCUGCAGGUCUCGCUCGAACGCGGCAUGCCGCCGUCAGUCCUGGAGGAGGAUUACGACACCCUUCCGGCGCGGAACAUCAACGACAGCGACAUCCAGGAGGACAGCACGGAGUGUCCCGAGGCGCAGCCGCUGAGCGUCAUGACCGAUUCGUCCUUCCAGGCGGUGCUCGUGCAGUCGCUCCCGCUGCGACUGAAAGCCUGCGCGUUGAUGCACUCCCCGCGGAUCAACUGCCGGUACGAGGAGAUCCUGCGCAUAGACCACGACCUGAACCACCACUUGUCGAAGAUCCCGGUCUGGCCCGUCUCCGACGUGGACGAUUUCCAAACGGCGCACCGGAUCAUCCUCAUCCGCGCCCUGCUGGAGAACAAGAUCGGCCACUCCUUGUUAUCCAUCCACACCCCGUUCGCCAUCGAAGCGCCGAAGGAAUCCUUGUUUGCCCCGUCCGCCCGGGCCCGCUUGGAAGUCGCGUCGAUGAUUCUGUCCACGCAGCGCCGCCUGCGCGAAAUGUCGCAGCAGCUGUCUCUCUGUAACAUGGGCGACUGGACCAUGCAGGCGUACUGCACGAUAUGUCAACUCCUUCACGAGGGGCAGACCAGCGGGUCGCCCAUCUCUCUCACCCGGACCCUCCCGGGCCUUCCCGAGUCGUUGAUCGCUCUGGUGGAGGUGGUCUUGACAUGCCUCGAAUCGCGCCUCCUCCUGGUGGUCAAGGGGGCGAAGGAGUACUUCUUCAUGUCGACCAUCGUCGCCCUGGUCAAGGUGGGCCUCUGGCCGAGCCAAGCGCACAUCUACAAGCAGGAAGUCGUCGAGCGGGUGAUCCUGUUCGCGCAGACGCUGUUCACGCGCCACGCCAACUGCGCCCACCUGGGCGACUGGGGGAUGGGGAACUUCAAGACCAACCAGGUCCCCAGUCUCAACACCGGCCCGGUGCUGGUCGCGCCGCCGUUCGUGCCCGACGUCAGCAUGCCCCAGGCCCCGAACUUUGGCAUGAUGCCCCCCGGCGAACUCGACCCCUUCCUUGACGCGUUCGACUGGGGAGAUCUCACGGGGAUCACCUUCCAGCAAUGAUGUAAGAAUACGGAGACGUCCUUAUGUCAGGACCUACGUAACGCCUACCUCCUCACCCACCAACCUAUCUACCUUCCAUGACGAUUGUAUGUACUGUACAGAUACUCUAUAUCACAUACUACCUGCGUCCCUC